CCAAUGGGCUAUAAUAAUCAGCCAGAUGAACUAGGUAUAGAAACUCCGUCGUAUCUCACGACACCAUUAUUAUAGUAUAAAUAUUGGGGGUUAAACCCUAGUUCUUUUAACGGUGGCCUCCACAGACCAGAGAGAUCAAAGGAAAGGUAAUGGCUCCAAAGCAGCCGAACACUGGUCUAUUUGUGGGUUUGAACAAAGGCCAUGUAGUGACCCCAAAGGAAUUGGCACCCCGCCCGUCUGCUAGAAAAGGAAAAACAAGCAAGAGAGUACAUUUUGUGAGGAGCCUUAUUAGGGAAGUUGCUGGAUUUGCACCAUAUGAGAAGAGGAUCACUGAGCUUUUGAAAGUUGGAAAGGAUAAACGUGCUUUGAAGGUUGCUAAAAGAAAGUUAGGCACUCACAAGAGGGCAAAGAAGAAGAGAGAGGAAAUGUCUAGUGUUCUCCGCAAGAUGAGGGCUGCUGGAGGUGGUGAAAAGAAAAAGUGAAGCUUUUAUCUUAGGCUUUCAGUUUUGGAAGUAGAUCUUGAAUCAGAGUAUUUGAUUAGAAGUGUAUUAGUUUAUGCAUUUUCAUUAAGCUUUAAGUAUGUUUUGUUGGUAUUUAGACAUUAUUAAAUUAAGGACCUUUUUUUAUCAUGUUGGAGUUACUUUUAAAUUUUAUUAUGUAACCUAUCUGAUGACCGAGAGUAUUUUGUUCUUCUGAUAACUGUUCUUGUUCUGCAUAAACUUAUGAACACUUUCAAGAUCGAAGGAAAUUUAGUUAACGGGAA